AUGGCGUUAUAUCAGAAGAAAGAGAAAAGGGAAAGGCAAGCACAGGGCCACUACACACCUGCGAAAGUGGACCCUCCUUCCCUGGAGGCAUUCAAGAAGAAAGACAACCACGUCGACAGAAAGGAAAAAAUAAAACGAAAGGGUAAGAGAACAUUCGUUUUGAGAAAGACACGGAAGAGAAGUAGUAUGGAUGUCGAGGGAACCAAAACGAGUGGAGACAAAGACGACCUUUUUUCGAAAAAAAAAGUGAACAAUUCGAAGCUGAUACUGCUGUUAGCAAAAUAUAUGCACUCCUGGGACAUAUCAAGGAAGAGUUCCAACGAGGCAAAUUUUUACAGCGACUCGACAUGUGCAUCGUCAAAAAAAAAUGUGCACAUUUGGAAGGCCCAAAGGGAGAAAGAACAACAUAUUUACUCUCAUCAAAGAGUUAUGAAAAAGUGGAAAAACAACUGGAGGUAUGAAAAAGAGAGAGACUUAAAUUUUAUUAAUCAUGUAAACUGCAAUGCGACUGUGGAAGUUCAUUCACUGUUUACCUUCUUUUGCACAAAAUUAAAAAUAAAAGAUAAGGCAUAUUUCGACAAAAAGAAUAUGUUAAAUAAAAUAUCUUCUAAAGGGAAAGGCUCUGGAAUUCAGGAACAGAGCAGCAAGGACUAUUCUACGAAGCUAAAAAAUCAGUACAUUCCAAACAGUAAGGCAAAAAUUAUGAACGACAUUAAGGGCAAACCUAGUAAAGCUCCUCCCCCUUACAAGGCACAAAACAUGCAGACCAAGAACGAUGAACAGGCGUUGGCGGAAAAGGGGCAAGUAUCCCAGGGGGGAAAUGAACAACAUCCCGUUGGGGAUAAUAAUAACGGUAAUAGUAGUGAGAAUGCUACGAAGGCUUUUGAGAUUGACGGAGGAAAAGGAACCCCCGAUGGGGACGAACCGUCUGAAUUAAAUGAAGAACAAUUUGUAGACGAAUUAGAAUUAGAUGAUUUCGACAGCGAUGGAAAUAAAAAAGAAAAGACGUACUACACAGAUAGAUGCAUUCUAGACAAAAGUGUCAAAAGGGUUUCCAUCCUAGACAAGUUAAAUAUAGGACUGGAAGAUAAACAAAAUGGAAAGGGCAUUUACCAAGGAGUGAAAAAGGAGGUGGUGAGUUGCAAAAAUGGGAAAGUAGCAGCGGAUCCGCAUGCAAAUAAAGCGGAGUUAGUGCAGAAUCAGUUUCCCAAUAAGGAAAAGGAGCGCCCACAUGUUGGUAUAGCCAAGGAGGGGGGAGAGAUCGUCAAUUUGAAGGAGGCCCACGGUGCGAGUGCGCCCAGUGCGGUGUGCGCAAAGGAAGGCGCCAGUAGUGGCGGAAAGGGCACCGGAAAGGGCAGCGGCAACAGCGGUAACAGCGGCAACAACGGCAACAGCGGCAUCAAGGUGGGGGAAUACCCAAUAGAAAAUUACAAAAUGCACCCCCCGAGGAAGGGGUCCAUCAAGAGCUCGCCCACGGAGGAGGUCGCCAUGGACGCCCAGCAGAAGCGGCAGAGAGGCCCCUCAGUGAAUGGGCAAACGGGGUAUGCCAAUAACGGCCAAAUGGGGCACGCCAAUAACGGCCAAAUGGGGCACUCCAAUAACGGCCAAGUUCCGUACGGGUUAAGCAACCAGAUGGGGUAUAACCAAUAUGGUCCCCCCAAUUAUCAAAUGAAUUAUGCAGCCAAUUUUUCAAUGAAUGAGCAGGCUAAUUUUCCGGUGAGCGAAUCGGCUACUUUCCCUGUGAGCGAGUCGGCUACUUUCCCUGUGAACGCUCCAGCUAACUGCCUGACGAACGAGGUGGCUAAUUUCUCGGUGAGCAACGAGGUGGGAAUUUACCCCAACUACGGGAAUUACCCCAACUACGGGAAUUAUCCCAAUUAUGGGAGUAACCCCAAUUAUGGGAGUAACCCCGAUUAUGGGAGUAACCCCGAUUAUGGGAAUUACCCCAAUUAUGGGAAUUGUGCGAGUUACCCUCAGUGGGCAAACUACCAACAGUACGGCAACAUCGGCGGGGGCCCAGCUGAGGGGGGAGUGAAGCCAAGCGAAAACAACAUUAACGAAACGAACCUAGUGACGUAUAAUAACCAGAGGAACGUCAAGUAUGAUGAAGACUUCACGCUCAACUAUAUUCUUCGAAAGUGCGAAGACGACGAUAAGUUUUUCUGUAGUAACGAUGAGGAUAGUGCAAACAACGGGACAGGAAAUAAAAACGAGUUGAAGAAAUACACACAAGGCAUGAAUAGGCUAGUAGAGCAAAUGUACUUUUAUGAUAAUUUUUACGACGAAUUCAAAAUAUGUGAAGAGAGAAAAGAAGAUUCGAACAUCACUCAUACCAUUAUCGACACGUCCUUAAAUUUAAAUGUCAUUGAUGAGGAUGCGGAAAUGCAGAAAGGGGGCAAAGACAACCAGGAGUUGAUUUCCCAGAUGGAGUUAAAAAUUAAUGAGCUAGAAAAAAAUAUCGAAGAAUUAAAAAAACAAAAUCAAAUUAAUGACAAGGGAAGGAAUAGCCAAGGAGGGGAAAACGGGGAGGGGGAUGCGGAGAAGAAGAAUGCAAAGGGGGAAAUAGCCGAGGGGGGAAAGAAGUCCAAGAACAGUGCAGUCAUACAGAAACUGAAAAGAGAAAUUGAGAGAAUAAAGAGGGAAAACAUGAGGAAGAAAAAAAAAGCCAAAGAUAAGAGCAAGGGAAAGGGGAAAGGAAAGGAUGGCGCGGAGGCACAAGAAGGAGCACCGCCAAAAGGAGAACAACCUGACAGCGGCAAAGUGGACAACCCCAACCAGGACAACCCCGACCAGGACAACCCCGACCAGGACAACUUCAACCUGGACAACUUCAACCUGGACAACUUCAACCUGGACAACCUGAUCAACGCAGACCAACUGAACACAUUCAAAAACGAAAUUUUGAACAACGUAUACUAUUACAUAUACGAAUCGUACGACCAAAAGGAUUUUGAAGUUUUGGAGAACCUGGCGAAGAAGCACGAAACGAAAGGGAGAAAAAUAACGUACAACGUGAAUUUGCCAAAGCAGAGUUUUAAGCAUAAAAGGACGUCAAGCGCCUGGUUUUUAAACCCCUUGUAUGAAAAUUACAUGCUUGAGAAGGAAAAAAAAAAGAAAAAAAUGAAAAGGGAUGAUUUAUCUAGCUCAGUAUAUGACAAGGUGGAAUUUUUGUUCCACGAAUAUGAACAGGACAAUGUUGUAAAAUUAAAGGAAGAAAAUAAAAGUGGAGCCAUGUCAGAAAUCAGGGAUAGCGAUUUUUCUUUUGAAAGUUUCAUAAGUGAGAAAAAAAAAAUAAAAAAAGACAAAAUUGAUCUGAUCAAAAUGAAGAAUGAGAUUAUCCGGAAAAGGGGAAAAAUUGUUACUACCCUAGAAAGGAGAGAGGACGAGGUGAUGGAGAACUUCGUAAUGGAAGCGCUACAAGGGGGAGUUAAUAAGGAGGGGCAUGGCACAAAAGAGAAACGGAGUAAGGAUCAUCCCCCGAAGGAUCCUCAAGAAGGGGAGGGAAAACCCACGCAGAAUGACGUGGUGAAUGAUUUGUUCGUGGCGAUAAAUAAUUACGUUCCAAACAAGUCCCUAUUUGAUAUUUUCAAUUUUGGCUCGGACGAUGAGGGUGUAGACAACGUAAGGGGGGGUGACGGAUGCAAGGCGGAGAAAGGUGUGACAAACCAAGACGGAGUUGCUCUAAAAAAAGAAGCAGUGAAGAAAGUCCCACCCGAAGGGAGAAAGGGCGUCGAAGAGGGAAGUGCCACAAAAGACGCACGCUCUGAAAGGGAAGACGCAGACGUGAACACCGAAAUUGAGAAGAAACGGAAAGAGAAGGAACUGCUCGAAAUGGAAAUAGAAAACGCUCGGAAAAAGAAAGAGUUGGAGGAGUUAGAGCUGCAGCUGCUGGAAAGGAAGAAAAUGGCCCUGCUAGAGGAUAGGUCAGUCAGGGAGGGCGACGGGGCCGCAAAGGCAGAAGGCGAAGCAGAGGUAGCGAACGAAGCAGAGGUAGCGGACGAAGCAGAGGUAGCAGAGGAAGCAAAGGUAGCGGACGAAGCAAAGGUAGCGGACGAAGCAAAGGUAGCAGACGAAGCAAAGGUAGCGGACGAAGCAGAGGUAGCAGACGGAGCACUCCAAACGGUCAACGAAGUGAGCGCGGCGAGCCCCGACAUGACGCAAAGGACUAAGGGUGGCCAACACGCAGAAAAGGAAAGAGGCGAAAGGGGCACGAAGAAUCAACCGCCACCGAUGCAGGACAACGAAAUAAACGACUGCCUUAAUGACUAUUUAAAGAAACAGAAGAAGAAGGAAAAAAAAAAAAAUAACUGGGCAUUGUAUGGAAGGCCUAAGGUGGAAAGGGAAAGAAACACCAUCCUUAGAAGGCUAUCAACCUCCAAGAGUGACAGCGGGUUUAACGAGUAUGCCUAUUUGGCGGAACGCUUUUUCGAAGCAGUAACGGGUUAUCGCAGUGACCCCGAUGGGUAUGAAUGCAGUGAUGGAGGAAGUGGGGAGGACAGGAAAGGUAAAGCUGGACAGGGACAACAUGGAGAUCAUGGAGAAGGCUCCCAAGAUGGAGAAGGAUAUUUUCCAGAAGACGACACCGCAACGAUCCUUCAUAUAAAUGAAAAGAUGAAAAAAAACGUAGAGCAAAGUGACGCCUUUCACAAAUUGGGGAGACCAAAAUACAAAAAAAAAAGUAUCUAUCAGAGGUUCAAAUCUACUACACACAAUACCAUUUUAAAAAAAAAUAGCUUGAAGAAGAAAAAAAAAUGUAUAAAACGAUCCAUGACGAAAAAAGAACCCCUCAAAUUUUAUGAAGCAAAUGAAGGAAUCAUAGAAAGGACGAAACUGAAGUUAAAGGAAAAACUAGCCAACAAAGGCAAACACACAUUUUUAGAUAACCUUUUAGGGAACAAUAAAACCCAAUCCGGGGAAAACCAAAAUGAUGCAGACCCUAAUUUUAUGAAGAACAGGAUGACCGAUUCGACAUCGCAGAGUGGAAAUGGGGAAAACAAAAAGUUAGAUUUGAAAUAUAAGAGGAAGUUAAUUUACCAGGCACUGGGGAGUAGCAGCGAUGGGGGGGAUGCAGAUGGAGGAAGUGAGCAGGAAGAAGGGAGGAAUGAGGAUUUGUUGAGAACCGCGGAGGAGAAGCGGUUGGAGGAGAUGAAGAGGAUGGAGGAGAUAAAGCGAUUAGAAGAGGUGAGGCAGUUAGAGGAGAUGAAGCUGUUGGAGGAGAAGAAGCGGAUGGAGGAGAAGAAGCGGAUGGAGGAGAAGAAGCGGAUGGAGGAGAAGAAGCGGAUGGAGGAGAAGAAGCGGAUGGAGGAGAAGAAGCUGUUGGAGGAGAAGAAACGGAUGGAGGAGGAGAAGCGGAUGGAGGAGAAGAAGCGGAUGGAGGAGAAGAAGCGGAUGGAGGAGAAGAAGCGGAUGGAGGAGGAGAAGCGGUUGGAGGAGGAGAAGCGGCUGGAGGAGGAGAAGCGGCUGGAGGAGAUGGAGCGCAUGGAAGAGGCGAAGCGGGCGGAAAAGGCAAGGCGCCUGGAAGAAAUGAAACGGCUGGAAGAAAAGCGGCUAGCUCAGGUGAAAAAAAAGGUUGAGUUGAGGCGGAUGCAGGAAAAGAGGCUAAGUAAGGCGAAACGGGAAGAGCAUCAAAGGGGAGAAGCAAAAAGGACGGAACAGAAGGCUGAACCGGGACCAAUAGAAAUGACCCCGGGAGAGGAAGAUAAAAAAAAGGAAAAGACACAACAAAAAAAGGACCUAUUUAAUAACAUUAUGAAACAAAUUUAUACGGUGAACCCCCUAGCCUACUACCUAAAGGAGGAUAAGGACAAAGACGAGAAGGAGAAACGUCACGAGGGAAAAACAGACAGCGACGAAAUGGAUGGAAAAGUGGAAGGAUCCUCAUUGGAGGUAGAUAACGCGAAAGGUACGGAGAGGAAUAACUUGCUUGAUGAAAAAAAUCAUUUAAAUAUCGAUAGAAUGGGAGAGCAUGGGGAGGAAGUAACCACUGCAUACAAUAACAACGAUGUGGAGGAUGACCAAACGAGGGAGGUGAAACAUCUACAGAAUCUUUCUUGCGCAAAGAACUACUCCAUUUUUGAGAAAAUGGAAAGGCAAAGGAAGAGGAGCUUUAGGGGGAAGACAGCCAUGAAUGGCAACAAAGGCGGUUUCAAUAAACUUGGGAAGAGGGACUUGUCAAAAAACGCCUACGUGAACAAUUCUGUAAUAAUCAGCCAUGUCAUAGGUAGGGGGAAGAAUGAAGAGCAACAUGUGCUGAGUGAACAGGGGGGGAGGGACUCUGUUGGGGAGGAGACGGACGGUGAAGCAUCGCAUGGUGAAGCAACGCAUGGUGAAGCAUCGCAUGGUGAAGCACCACAUGGUGAAGCACCGCAUGGUGGGGUAGAAAACCACUUGGAAAAAACGCGUGACGACCCGAUCCGUAUAACCAUACUGGAUGAGGAGAAAAAGAAAAAGCUGCUAAAAAUGAGAAACCUAAACCUCAAGUACAGCAACGUACGUGAGGGAAAUCUAUGUAGUAUGGUAGGGGACGACUUGGGGGAAGGAGUCUCAGUGUCAAGUAAGGUAGAUGAGUUAUUUGACGUGGAUGAGGAGGAUUUCUUCGCAACAGAAACGGAGGACUCUUUUUUGAAAAUCGAAGAUGAGGAGGGGGACGAGGAGGAAGUCACCAUGGAAGAUAUAAAAACACACGUUUAUAGAGAACUGUACGGUGGGCGUGGGUAUGGGGGAGGAGGAAAAAAUAGCUUAGAGUUGUCAUCUCUGUGGGCCGAUGAAUCCCCCCAAGGUAACAGUUCCCCGUUUUAUUCGGAGGAACUAAAAAACUUGAGCAGUUACGAUUUGUACAGGAAGCAGAUAAGCACAGAAGAAGGCAUGUGGAGAAAUGAAAAACGACUGUCCCCAAAAAACGAAUCGGUAAGUAGGAGCAGUGCAGAGGUAGAACCCAAAGAUAACAUUUCGAAAAGUAGUCAAGAUGCCUACUUUGAUUUUGAAAAAAAAAAAAUUUUUAACAUGGAAGAGAAAUAUAAAAUAUAUGGAAAUAGUAUUAGUGUCUUAUCUAGUCACGAUUCGAUUCUUGAUUGGAGAAAACGGUAUUACUUGGAUUCGUUGAGAAGUCACUACGAUGAAGGGAGCGACCCCUUCACUAAUUACUCCUUCGAAAAAAUAGACACACGAAAUUAUCACCGUGAGAGAAACUUUAUACCUGACAAACACCAUAGCGGCACUGAACAUGAGAUCCUUACGAGGGUGAUGAAAAAUUUGAAUGGCUUGAAUAAGAAGAUCAAGUCUAUAGAAAUGAGUUACCACAAUGGAAAGAAUGAGCGGGGAAACAUGUCGGGAGGGGUGGAGGAAUACCUUCAGAGGCGGCGCUCCAGCAAGGUUCGCCACGUUGGUGGUCUCCAUGCUGAUGGGGACAACACUCGUAGAUACCACGCUGGUGGCCACUAUACGGAUGCUCACCAUGACGACCUUUCCUCGUUUUCCCUUUACCAUAGCAAAACACAGCCGCACAUAAACACCUCGAAGAUUUUCCAAAGGGCGUACUCGCGCCAGUAA